AUGGAGUUCAGCAGGAUAGAGUUCUUCCAGGAGCUAGGGGAGAGCUGUGUUCUGCCUACUUCCCAGCAGGGAAUAGAACAGGUCUGGCAGCUUCUGCUCCUCUGCCUGCUCUGUCGACUCCUCUGUAGGCUGGUCCAUGGUGUGGUGUUACUGCUCAGUCUGCUCUGCUACUCUGCCUUGUUCCUCAACCGCUACUUCAGCAGCCGAGGAAUCUUACUCUCCACCACCAUCCUCAUAUAUCUACUCAUGGGAGAGCUGCGUUCUCAGAUGGUGGUGGCCAUGAAGAGCAUUUCUCUGGCUUUUGACCUGGACAGAGGCACCGUGCCUGCUGUUCCCAAUCCUCUGGCGUUCACAGGCUACAUUCUCUUUGUGGGCACUGUCGUCUUUGGGCCCUGGGUCAGCUACUCAAGCUACAAAGAGGCCAUUGAGAGCCACAAGCUGAGUUUGGCCUGGCUCCAGAAGUUUUCAGUGAGCUGGGUCAAAUGCCAGGUGUGCUUGGUGAUAUCCAACUGCAUCGCCCCAUACCUCUUCCCCUAUUUCAUUCCAAUCCACGGGGGGCAGAGGACUGCGCACAGCAAUCUUGUCUGUUUUUCCCCUGUGUGCAGGUGGCUCCACGCCUAUGAGAAUGCUGUAUCCUUCCACUUCAGUAACUACUUUGUUGGCCACCUUAGCGAAAGUACAACUGUGCUAGCAGGAGUACGUUUUACUGAAGACAAUGACAAUGUUAAAUGGGAUCUGAAAGUGGUUAAGCCUCUCAAUGUGGAGUUGCCCAGGUCCAUGGUGCUAGUGGUGACGUCCUGGAACAUCCCCAUGUCUCGCUGGCUCAACAUAUAUGUUUUCAAAAAUGCAUUGAAACUUGGCACAUUUCCUUCCAUCAUUGUGACUUACACAGCCAGUGCCUUGCUACAUGGCCUGAGUUUCCAUCUUGGGGCCGUGCUGCUGUCUCUGGGCUUCAUCACUUAUGUGGAACAUGUUCUGAGGGAGAGGCUGGCAGCCAUUUUUAGUGCCUGUAUCCUGUACGUACAGUGUCCCACUGAUUGCCGCCAUAAUCACCAGAAGGAGCUAUGGGUGUAUGGGAUCAACAUGACCUUCAGUGCCAUGGCCAUCUUCCAUCUGACAUACCUGGGCUCCCUGUUUGACGCUGACAUAGAAAACUUGGCUGCAGAGGAGGGUUGUGGCCAACCACACCAUUCAGAAGUGGUCGGAGUUGAGCUGGGCCAGCCACUGGCUGGUCUUUGCCUGCUGGGUAUUCUACCGCCUCAUUCAGUGAUCUCAUUUGACGGAAGGUCUGGACUGAACAGAAGACAAUAGCCUGGUUAAAAAAGAACCCUUAGCUCACGGGUGAGCCAUCUUACCUUGUAUGGGCUGGUGUGGGUGAAGACUUAAUGGACAUGGAGUAGCUUAGUGUGGGGCCAGGAUGAUUGUCCCACUCCAUCAUGAUUGGAAGAAUGCUGCUUUGUUUACCGGGGUCUUGCUGUAUUCGUUUGUUUGGUAAACACUAAAGAACCAGUCACUCACUAGUUCAAUGCUAUGAUGUAUCACACUGUUGAGAUUGAGAACCAGCAGUAGGCUGAAGAUUCAUCAGUGGUUUCUGUAAAGGCUACUGUCCUUUCAGGACUUUGUAGUUUGAUCACACACAGUGCUAUAGGAAUAUUUGUGUAUCAGUAGCACUAUGAAAUAUAUAUUUUUUCAUUAUACAGUAUAUUUGGCCAGUGAUGUUUAUAUAAUACAUUAUCUUCUCAAUGGAGGUACUUUUUUUUCUACUGUAUCUGUUUUUCUACUAAAGGCAAUUAUUUUUUUCUAGUUCUGUUGCCCUACUUACACAUGAAUAAAUGAAGGGUUUAUUUGAUGAUGGGUGGUAAAACACACCACCUAGUUGCAGUAUUUAUUCAUCAAGGCUCAGGCAGAUUGCAAAGUAUUGUACAGUCUUUUGCUGCAAAUUUAAUAAUUUAAA